AUGUCUUCUCGAUCGGGAACCACCCUAUAUGUCACCGGCUUUGGCCACGGUACCCGAGCUCGCGAUCUCGCCUACGAAUUCGAACGAUACGGUCGUCUUGUCCGCUGUGAUAUCCCGGCCCCCCGCACACCUUCCAGUCGACUAUUCGCCUUUGUUGAGUACGAGAGCCGUCGUGAUGCGGAUGAUGCAUACCACGAGAUGCACAACAAGCGUAUUGGACGCGACGACCUCCUGAAAAUUGAGUGGGCACGCACACCCCCUUCGGCCUCUUGGAGAUUCGAUUCCGGCCCUGGCCGUGAUGGCCGUGAUAGCCGUGAUGGUCGUGAACGCACAGGCCGUCGUGAGCGCACUCCUCCCCGCCGCGGUCGCUCUCCAUCUCCCCGUCGCAGCAGAGGAGAUUAUUCUCCCCGCCGAGACGAUCGAUAUGAGCGUGACACCGAUCGUCCCGCCGCCGAUCGGGAUUAUGAGCGCCGUGACCGUGACCGCGACUAUGAGCGCCGUGAUCGCGAUGGUGAUCGUCGGGAGCGUGAACGCUCUCGUGAUCGUUCCCGCAGCCCCGAAGACCGCGAGCGCGAUACCAAAGAAGAUCGAGAACGACGCGAUGAUGACCGGGAGCCCCGUGAGGAUGAUCGGGAGCCCCGUGAGGAUGAGCGUGAGCCUGUUACCAAUGGCGAAGACAGGAAAGGUACGUCACUCUAA